AUGACCCAGUCGACAUCAUUGCGCUACGCAGAUGUCGCCGUGACAUACACCGCAGACCAAUUCCAGGGCAUCUAUCGAGGCAAACAGUACCAUGAGCCAGACUUCGCAGAAGUUCUUAAACGUGCUAAAGAACAUGGCUGCGAAAAGAUCAUGCUCACUACUAUGACUCUCCCAGGAGCUCAUGAGAACUUGAAAGUCGUGAAACAGUUUCCGGACAUGUGUACCAUGACAUUAGGAGUGCAUCCAUAUCAUGCAGGCGAGAUAUACGCCGAAAAUAAUGGAAGCGAGUAUCUUCAAAACCUUCGCAAGCUUGGAGAAACCCUUCGGGCCGAGAAUCCGUCGCCACUGGUAGCCUUCGGAGAGAUCGGACUUGACUAUGAGUAUCUGGACCGUGCCGACAAAGAGAUACAGCAACGUGCGUUCCGCGAUCAGCUAGAUAUGGCUGUUGAAAUGCAAUUACCUCUUUUUCUGCAUGUGCGUGAGUCUUGUGCUGAUUUCAUUUCGAUCAUCCGACCUUACUUGUCUAAGUUGCCGCGAGGCGGGUUGGUGCAUUCUUUCGCUGGGUCAAAGGAGGAGAUGUUGCAGUUAGUUGAGUUAGGCUUUGACAUCAGCGUCAAUGGUGUUUGUUUCCGUACUGAAGAACAACUGGAGAUGGUUCGCCACAUUCCCUUGGACAAACUGCAGCUUGAAACCGAUGCUCCGUGGUGUGAGAUCCAGAGCAAUGACGAGAAAAUCGCCCCAUAUCUCACCAAUGCAAAGCCUCUACCUCCGUCUCGCAAGCACAACAAGUUCAUUCUGGGACAGAUGAUAAAGACGAGAAAUGAGAGCUGUACGAUUGAACGUGUUGCCCUGGUUGUGGCAGGCUUGAAAGGCAUCUCACUAGAGGAGGUCUCUCGGGCGGCGUGGAAUAACAGUGUUAGGAUGUUCGGUUUAGGAGUACAGGGUCGGUAA